AUGCGAGGAUUUAAUCAUAUUAUACAUAUCAGAAUGAAUAUUCGAACGAGGAAAACCAUCAUUUGUGGUGUCAUUAUAUCAUUAAGUCUGUUGUACUUGUAUACAAAUCGGUUCUUAUAUACAAGUGUACGGGAUAAGAACAUUUCUUUAAAGUUGCUUCUUGCUGCUGCUAUAACAGCAGCAGAAAUUGGUGGUUCUGAAGUGAUAGCAGUUCACAAUCAAGCAAAAUUUGAAAUAGAAAGCAAAGGAAAAACAAAAGAGGGAUUAAAUGAUUUAGUAACGGAGGCAGACUAUAGAUCACAUUGUGCAAUGUAUCAUUCCUUGUUAGAAGUAUUUCCAAGUAUAACAGUAAUAUCAGAGGAAACAUCAAAAAAUUGUGAUAAAGUUGUAAUGUCAAAUAUAAAAGAUAAUAUUAACAUCUUAAAUGAUUAUGACAUUAAGGACGAAAUUAUCAAUACAGAUGAUAUUACUGUGUGGAUUGAUCCUUUAGAUGCAACAAAAGAAUUUACAGAGAAUUUACUGCAAUAUAUUACGACUAUGGUUUGUGUUGCUGUUAAAGGAAAACCUGUAAUGGGUGUUAUAUAUAAACCAUUUGAAACAAAACAAAAUUCUAGCCUGUUUUGGUCAUGGACCAAUCAUGCAAUUUCAAAAAAUUUACAAAUAUUGCAUAAGUUAGAAGAUGAAAAAACGCCAAUACUGAUUAUAUCACAAUCACAUGCAGGCCAAAUUUACAAUGUUGCCAAGAUUGCAUUUGGUAAAGAUGUGAACAUUAUUUCAGCAGCUGGUGCAGGUUACAAAUUCUUAGAGGUUGUAAGUGGAAAUGCAACGGCGUAUGUCCAUAUGACUGCAAUAAAAAAGUGGGACAUUUGUGCAGGAACUGCAAUUCUUACUGCUCUUGGUGGAACAGUUACUCAGUUGUUUGACCAACAAUUAUUAAGUUUUAGUCCAAGUGAUUCCAAAGUACUUCAAUGGGGCCUUUUAGCUACCAUGAGUAAUCACGCUUGGUAUUUAGAUAAGUUUUCAAAUGUUUAAUGGAAAUACUAAAGCUUCAAAUUUUA